AAAAUUAUGUACAUUGUCCUGGUCAACUUAAUAAUCUCUAUUCCAAUUUGCUCUAUUUUACGGAACAGAACAUACUAUAUAAACAAAUAAAAGACUAGAAGACAUAAAAUUUCAAGAAUCAUUGAGCAACCUCUAAUAAAAGUAAGCCAUGUCUAUACCACAAGGAGCAUAUCAAGCAGACUUACCAGCAGUUCCUGCAUGGCUAAACAAUGGCGACAACGCCUGGCAAAUGACUGCUGCGACCCUUGUUGGUCUGCAGAGUAUGCCAGGCCUUGUCAUCCUUUACGCCAGCAUUGUCAAGAAAAAAUGGGCAGUUAACUCUGCUUUCAUGGCUCUUUACGCUUUCGCAGCUGUGCUUAUCUGUUGGGUACUAGUAGGCUAUCGUAUCGCCUUUGGCGAUAAACUUUUGCCCUUUUGGGCAAAAGGGGCCCCUGCUUUAGGCCAGAAGUACUUAACAGGACAAGCUAGGAUGCCAGAGACGACCCAUUAUUAUAGCGAUGGAACGACUAUUGAAACUCCUAUGCAUGAACCUUUUUAUCCUAUGGCUGCACAUGUCUAUUUUCAUUUCACUUUUGCUGCUAUUACGAUGAUUUUGUUGGCUGGUUCUGUUCUUGCUCGCAUGAACAUCAAGGCUUGGAUGGCUUUUGUUCCUCUUUGGCUUAUUUUUUGUUAUACUGUUGGAGCUUUUAGCCUUUGGGGAGGUGGAUUUCUUUACCACUGGGGUGUUAUUGAUUAUUCUGGUGGUUAUGUUAUUCAUCUGUCUGCUGGAAUUUCUGGAUUCACUGCUGCUUAUUGGGUUGGGCCACGAUUGAAGAGUGAUAGGGAAAGAUUUCCACCAAACAAUGUGUUGUUGAUGCUUGCUGGAGCAGGGCUACUUUGGAUGGGUUGGUCAGGUUUCAAUGGAGGAGCACCUAACGCUGCAAAUGUAGCUGCUCCUUUAGCUGUGUUGAACACUAAUAUUUCAGCAGCUACAAGUCUUCUUGUUUGGACAACCCUUGAUGUUUUUUACUUCGGAAAGCCAUCGGUUAUCGGAGCGAUUCAAGGAAUGAUGACCGGCCUCGCUUGUGUAACUCCUGGAGCAGGAGUGGUGCAAGCUUGGGCAGCCAUGGUAAUGGGAGUACUUGCUGGAAGCAUUCCAUGGUAUUCCAUGAUGAUACUCCACAAAAAGUCUACUUUUCUACAGAAGGUGGAUGAUACACUGGCUGUGUUUCACACACAUGCUGUGGCAGGACUUCUAGGAGGUUUAUUAACUGGUCUUCUGGCAGAACCAUCUCUCUGUAGUAUUGUUCUUCCAGUCACCAACACAAAGGGUGCAUUUUAUGGUGGAGGUGGGGGAAUUCUUUUCCUUAAGCAAAUAGUUGCAGCUCUCUUCAUUAUCGGUUGGAACAUAGUUGCAACCACGCUAAUCCUUCUUGCAAUAAGGUUGUUCAUCCCUUUAAGAAUGUCGGAUGAGCAGCUAAUGAUUGGAGAUGACGCGGUUCAUGGAGAAGAAGCGUAUGCCCUUUGGGGUGAUGGUGAGAAAUAUGAUCCCGAAAGACAUGGUUGGCAUGGCUCAACUUCUCCACCACAAACAACACAAACUGGUUUUGUCAAUGGAGCUAGAGGAGUGACAAUUAAUUUAUAACAUGUUAUAAGGUCAUACAUACAUUACACUUUACAGGAUUAGAUAUGCACAUUUUAUAAGGUGCAUAUGGAAAUUACUGGAAUUUUUAGAGGUGUGUAGUUUGUGAGGUGAGUGCAAGAUAUCCUGUAAAUAUAUUUAAAAUUUCCCUCAGUUUGUACACUAUUAAUCUUGAGCUGAGGAUCUUUCAUGAACUCAUUCAGUAUCAUUCCUUUUUGUCUC